GUUAUCACUAACGAACGGGACGUGACUUCUACAACCCCGAAUAAACCAAAAUUUCAACCCAGCAAUACUAACUUUACACUUUUAUAUGAAAAACUUUGUGAUGCUAUAAUUCUUGCUGAUUGUAAAACCCAAGAAGCUAUCGCGUGUUAUUGCCUAUUUGGAAAGGCUCUUAUUCAAAGACGUAAUGAAAUAGCAUCGGAAAAACAAGUUGAUCCAGAAUCCAAUACUGUUAGUAGAAUUUUAAAUAAAGAAGUAAAAUUACAAUUACCCGCAGACACUUCCGAUAGCCUUUUACGUAAUAGAAUCGAAAAAGCAAAGAAGCUUUACAAACUUUUUGAUGCAAUAGGUAUGGAUAAAAUUUAUCGCAUUCAUUCCUUUUCUGCCGACAGCAUAUCAAAAUUAACAAAGAAAGAAAUUCAGUAUAUUAUAGAUAAUGUAUCCUUUGAUUAUAGCAUUGGUGUGAGCCUGUCUCCAGCUGAGUUACGGGAUGAUGAGAAAAAUUCUGUAUUAACACGCAUAACCCAACUUUGUGAACCAAGUUCACGAAGUGAUCGGCAAAAUUCUUGCGAGGAGGAAAAUAAAAAUUCAGGAAUCGAGAUAAGUACUGUAACCGCUCCUUCUAUUCCAUUAAUUCAUACCCCUAAUUCAGAAAUCGAG